AGAGCACUCAAAAUAAAAGGCUCUUUACAGAUUUUUUUAUUUUGUAUAGAGAACACGUAGAGACUCCGAAGAUCAGCCCCAAUGAACAUGUCAGUGUUGACUUUACAAGAAUAUGAAUUCGAAAAGCAGUUCAACGGGAAUGAAGCCAUCCAAUGGAUGCAGGAAAACUGGAAGAAAUCUUUCCUGUUUUCUGCGCUGUAUGCUGCCUUUAUAUUUGGUGGUCGGCAUCUGAUGAACAAGAGAGCAAAGUUCGAACUGCGGAAGCCACUCGUGCUCUGGUCACUGACUCUUGCAGUCUUCAGUAUAUUCGGUGCUCUUCGAACUGGUGCUUACAUGGUGUACAUUUUGAUGACCAAAGGCCUCAAGCAGUCAGUUUGUGACCAGAGUUUUUACAAUGGACCUGUCAGCAAAUUCUGGGCUUACGCGUUUGUGCUCAGCAAAGCACCUGAACUAGGAGAUACGAUAUUCAUCAUCCUGAGGAAACAGAAACUCAUCUUCCUACACUGGUACCACCACAUCACUGUGCUGCUGUACUCUUGGUACUCCUACAAAGACAUGGUGGCCGGGGGCGGUUGGUUCAUGACGAUGAACUAUAGCGUGCAUGCCAUCAUGUACUCUUACUACGCCCUGCGGGCCGCGGGUUUCCGCAUCUCCCGGAAGUUCGCCAUGUUCAUCACCCUCUCCCAGAUCACUCAGAUGCUGAUGGGCUGUGUCAUUAACUACCUGGUCUUCACCUGGAUGCAGCACGACAACGACCAGUGUCAUUCCCACUUCCAGAACAUCUUCUGGUCCUCCCUCAUGUACCUCAGCUACCUUGUGCUCUUCUGCCAUUUCUUCUUCGAGGCCUACAUCGGCAAAAUGAAGAAAACAGCGAAGGCUGAAUAGUUUCCGGACUGAGGAGGAAGACAUAGCUCAGGGUCAUCACGAAAAAUACUAGACAAAAGAUAAAUGGCACAAGGAAUCACACAUGGUGCAGCUAAAAACAAAACAUACGUAUGAGCAGACACAAAACCCGAGGCAGCUUGGGAGUAAAUGAUUAGCUUGACUUAACGCAGUAAGUUUAUGAUCCUUUUUGGGUGAGGACUCACUGAGUGCAUCUCCAUCUCAGUACUGCUGCUGAGGGACCCUUUCCCUCUCUCCUGUCAACUCUAGAACACACUUGAUCCAAAGGGAGCCACAGGCGGAGGGAUUAGUGGAAAGCAAGCAAAACACUAUAGGAAGAGGGGAAAAAUCGAGUUCAGAGUUAUUUUUCUCUAAGGACAAAGAAGUUCCCCCUUCCAAACUAUGUGAGCACACACACACACAGACACAAUUCCUUUCCAUCUUUUCUACACGAAACCAGAGCUGGUAGAAACGAUAAACAUGGAAGAGACACAGGGUUUAUAUCUAGAACAGCAAUGCUUUUGCAAAAAUCAAGGCCUUUUAAAGGAAGGUUAGCUCGUAGCCCCUGACAAAAGAUGUCUUAAUUAUUUUUACUGCAGCUGAAAUUAAGAAGAUAGAUAUGUUUCCCUUCACUGCACAGCCUCAGGCUACUGAGUUUGCUACAACCAAACAGAAGUCAAUACUUCCUCACGAUACUGUAUUUCUGGGAGGAUGGAAACCACGCAGCCCACAUCCCAAGAAGGUGGUCCCACAGCAGACCCUGCGGUUGAAGCGUCGCCUUGACAACCGUUACUUCUGCUCUUCGGCAAGAUAUGAAGCAUCCUUGGUUCAGUCGCUCCAGACUUUAGGAUAGAAGAGUAAAUGCAGAAUUGAAAAGAUAGAAACUCAGCCAGUUGACUUGAAAAUGGGGUUUUGUACUAUCUGCAACAAAACUCAGCCAGUCGCCACUGAGCCGGGAAAGGGGAAAGGACAAUGGGAAGAGAGCGGAGCUGAAGAUCACCCAGGAGACGGACAGUAUGUUUGCUUCUCCUCCUUUUUGGCUUCAUGCAUACUCCUGGCUUUCCACAUGAGGCUCCGUGACACAGUCCAUGUUUUCUAUCUUUUUGUGACUUUCAGAAACAGAUCUUGGGACUCUGCCUGAUUUGGGGUAAACACUGUGUUUCUGCAUCCUCUGCCUUUGCUCCCUAAGCAGCGCGGAGGCGUGUGGAGUGCCCUCUGCUGGCCGAGUGGGAAACUCCAACAAACACACUUAAUGCAGGCUGAAAUAACAGGCAGACCACAAAGGGCCUGCGAAGAUGAAUCCCUAAGUUUUAAAUGCUGUCAAAUGCUCGCCACCCAUUUGACCAAAUCAGAACAGAGCCUCACUGCUUCAAGUAAGCGCCACUAAAUUCUAAAGUGACUUUCACUUGGGAACUCGGAAAGUAAAUGUAUUAAGAGCCAUAUUCUUGAAAGAAAGAAAGCUAGACAAUGUUAUCUGUAAUAUUUCAGUCCUCUACAAGCCAAAUAAAUGUGUCGGUGUUCCUAAUAUUUCAAAGACGCAAUUAUGUAAAGUUGUUCAAUGUGGUAUAAUAGUAUUCUAACCGGUUAAGUAGCUUAAUGAUUAGGCAAACUAGAGGAAACCAUUAGAGGCUGCCACACUUUGUAGAUUAUGUACUCCUAACCACUUACGCACAGAAGUGUGAGGUACACACUGAGCUGCAAAGCCCAAAUGAACAGGAACACAAUUUUUUACUUGAGAGUGUACAGGAAAAGGGAUUUUUUUCAAAUUAUUUUUAUAUUAUUUUAGCUUUAAUUGUGCUGUCAUUCAUACAACAGCUGCGCAGCCUUUCUGUGAGAUGGCAAGGCUGUUUUCGGCAGCUUGUUGAUGUGUGGAAUUAGAAAAGAAUAAAGCUUGAUUCCAUUCUGUGUGGAUGGGUUGAAGAGUAAACAAAGAAUCCAUGCAGGUCAAGACCUGACUGAAAGACCGGGAACCAAACUGGACUGGGGGGCAGCUGUCGCAUCCAUGUUAGCACUGGGUGGUGGCUUCAUGUUGGCUGGCAGAGGAGAUGUGAUUGGAAGGAAGUGGUGUUAUCAGGACAGAAGUUGACUCGAGCUGAGAGUAUAGAGCCACGACGUCAAAUAGAGUCUUAGGGUGUCGUUGUUUGUUUGACCUUUGUAAAGGUGCAGUCCUGUACGGUAAUAAGCCUUUCCCUUGCCUUUUAGAAGAAAGCGAGCAAAAUAAUGAAAAUGAAGAAAAGGUCACCUGUCAGCUGACUUGAAUCUAAUCAGGGCCAGCCCGAGGUUCACCUGGCCGAUUCAGUUAAAUUCAGCUAUUUAUCGUAGAAUACAGGCUACAGUAUGGAAAUAAACGUAAACUUUAAGAAGACUAAGCUAUGCUUCCAAAGCACUUUAAUCCUGAUCUUCGCUUCAUGCUGUGUUCAUGUGUAGAAAAACUUAGACUCCUCGUUUGUGGGAUGAAUAUCUAAUAAAUAGUUUCUAAACCAGCUAAAUAUAUCUAAAGGCAUUUCCGGUGUUCAUUGUGGGGGAAAAAAGGCCACAUGUUUUUUAAAAAACAGAAUUCUGAUAUAGGCUCAGCACACUGUUGUUGGUUUUUAAUAUAUCAGCUUAGCUAUAUCUCUAAUUAUAUCAAGAUAUGAGGCUGGACCACUGGCCUAUGACACAUCUGAAACCUGCCAGAGAAUUGACUGCCACCUAGACAAUACUGCUCUCAGUUCACAUUCCGGGCCAGCGAGUUUGUUAGCUGCCCCACUAUGCUGCAAUAGAUCAUCUUCCUGUUGACGUCCCUACUGCAUUCCGAUCCCAGUGCCGUCAGCACAUUGCUCCUAGGUUAAAUGGAAACAGAUCCUUGGUUUCGUAGAAACGCAGCUUCAUUCACUAGGUCUGAGCAUUGACUCAAAAGUGUGAGUUUGCAAUGAAAUUCUAGUGAGAAACCCUUCACACAGUAGGAGGUUUUGUCUGGACUCUCUAGUGUCACUGAUGAGGAAACAACAACUAUUGCUAUUAUUUUAUCAUAUUUAUGUCCAAUGCCAGGCCAAAGUAUUGACUUAAAAUCACAGUUCUCGAGGAUAUUGUUUCAGGCAGUCCUGUGUCAUCUCCCCGCCCCCCAUUUUUCUAAUCUUACUUUAUUAUAGACACUUGAGACUGGAGGGAAAAAUACAUGUGCAUUGCUUCAGGAGGAAAGCAGCUUUGUUAUGUCUCCGGCAGUAUUUAUGAUGAUCCGCUAGCUCAUGGAAAAGCCUCGUGGGUGGAAAGCCUCCAGGAGCCUAGGAGAACUCUUCCAGGAAGGACACCCACGGUUGUUGUUCGUUUGUCUUGAGUCAGUUAUAUCUUCCCGACGAGAUAAAUCCUGUCACCAUAGAGUGGGAAGCACCAUUCCACUAGAGUAGAAUGUUCCAGAAGUCUUAUUACAUUCCCAAACUGCUCGGUUACUGUCUUACUCUGAUAGAAGGAGCUCUUCCUCCGAGCCUGCCAGACCCAGACACGAGUCCUGGCACCUGCCGAGAGCCUUUUCCAAGCAGAUGGCUGUGGUCCUUGAACUACCGCAGAAGUGUCAAGGGAGUUCCUAGGAGAAUGGAGCAGACAAAAUUAGACUCCGCCCCUGGAGUUGCAAGCUUCGGGCCUGUGCAGGAUCCUUGUGUAGGCACAUUUCCCUGGGAACAUGUCAGUCCCAGAGAGCAACAAUUGUGUGAGAAUAUCCUGAUGCUAGCCCAGAGCUUUUUCGCCUUCAAACACGUCUUUUCCCGGUCUUUUUGGAUAAUAAAUAUUUUGCUCUCAGUUUGGGACAGUUGUAGAGCCUGUGGUCCUGUGAGUCAUUGUCUUUUGCAGCUUAGUGUUAUUCUGUCCCUGUUCUUCCGUAUGCCCAUUUCUUGGUCCCUGUGCUCCCUGCCAUCAGAAAGUGAUUUGGGUGAAAAUUCACAAGGUGUGAUCUGUCACUUGUGCACGUGAGAGUGACAUCUGGUGAAGCGAGGAUGACCUGUUUUGUUCGAACACUCGAUGUGAAGCUUUGCAUCCUAGUUGGCCUCUGAGCCAGCAUCUUCUGUACCGGAUAGCAACGCAAAAUAGAUGUUGGUGCCUGUUCAGAAUUCUCAGUGCCUGUUGUGACAGCACUUAGACACAUGUAUGAGCGAUAGGUGAACCCACAGCUGAGAAGGCCAGCUAAAAUAGACCCAGUCGGAGUGCCGCAGAACACCCAGAAGCCUCUUGUGUAACCCAGUGCUCCUCAUCCCCAGAUACUCUGUGGAGUCGGGGUUCUCGGAUACCCAGGCUUCCGUGUUUCCUGCCGACAUUUGCUAAAGUUGUGAUGGGUGCAGCAGGGGCCAUCUGGGUGUUUGGAGCAGGGCUGGUCUUGGAAACCACUUUGAUUGCAGGUCAAACAAAGCCAAACUCAGACGUUUGUGUGUCACUCGCCAGAUGUCCACAAUCAUCAUCACCACCAACAACACAAAUGCACUGUAGUCAAGUUCUGCUGGCGUAGCUUGCUGAUCAAGAUACGGGCAUCAUCGCUACCCAGCUGAGACACAUCAGAACAGGUCUUACUCUCACUGGCAUCUAAACAGUAUCUUCCCAAUGCUUGGUGGCACUUGAGAAGAUCAAGAUGUAGCUUGACAGUGCCUCCUACUAGUGUGGACGUGUUGUUUUAGUUAAGUAUGGGUCUCAGUGUGAUUGGGCUGGAUUUCGCUUCCUGCUAUCCCGAAAUAGGCUGGCUUUCUGCUUCCUAGGCCCUAAACUCCUAUUCAGAGGGAAACUCACUAUCAAGCCUCACAGCAAAUCACAGCAAUGUCAGAAUUCUUAUUUUCAAGUGCUUAUUUCACAACAUUUAAAAGAUAUUUUUGGUGUAUUAAGAUUUAAAAUAAAGUCAUCAUAA